CCACGUGCAUCAAUAUCAUUGGCCCUCUUGUUUGACGGUGAGCCGGUCAGAGAGAGAAAGUGCACAAUACAUAUAUGUUUUUGACUCUCCCUCUUAUCAUCUCUCAAAUUUUCUCCUCCUCUUUCUCUCUCUAAUGGCGGUCGAGUUGAUGCCUGGAUACAACUUGGCGUCUAAAAUGGAAGUGACCGACGCCCGUGAGGCGGGGGCCGCCGGCCUGAGGAGCGUCGAGAAACUCAUCAGACUGUUUUCUCCGGCAGCCACCAACCAGAUCGCCGCCGGAGACUACCGGGCAGCUGCCGACGCCGCUGUCUGCGAGUUCAAGAAAUUCAUCUCCCUCCUCGACCGGACCCCGCGCGCCGGCCACGCCCGGUUCCGCCGAGGACCGGUCUCGAACCCGGUUCCGGUUGCCGAACCGCCCGGUCCAUCGGCCCCGGCCGUGAAAACCGAAGAGAGCGGCCACGGCUCCAGGACUCACUGCCCGGCGCCGGUGCAGGCGCAGGCGCAGCGGCUGCCGCCGCUGCCGGCGGCGAAAACAGGGCAGAUCGAGCGGAGGGAGACGUCCACAACCAUCAGCUUCGCGUCGCCGGCGGCUUCGUUCGUGUCGUCUCUGACGGCGGGGGGAACGGACAGCCUGCAGCCGUCGAUGACGUCGUCGGGGUUCCAGAUCACGAACCUAUCGCAGGCGUCGUCCGCCGGCCGGCCGCCGCUGUCCACGUCGUCGUUCAAGAGGAAGUGCAGCUCCACGGACGACGCCGGCGGGAGCUGCGGCGGCGGGUCGUCCCGCUGCCACUGUCCUAAGAAAAGGAAAUCGAGGUUGAAGAAGGUAGUGAGAGUGCCGGCAAUAAGCAUGAAAAUGGCAGAUAUUCCACCGGACGACUACUCUUGGAGAAAGUACGGUCAAAAGCCAAUCAAGGGCUCACCACAUCCUAGGGGUUACUACAAAUGCAGUAGCGUGAGAGGGUGCCCAGCCCGAAAGCAUGUUGAACGGGCUUUGGACGACCCGACUAUGCUAAUCGUAACUUAUGAAGGAGAACACAAUCAUGCACUCUCCCGUACAGAAUCACCUGCACUAGUCCUUGAAUCAUCUUGAUUUAAAUAUUGUAUUAAGAGAGAGACGAGUAAUGGCAAGAAAGUCCAAUCGCCACUGUAGUCAACGCUGGCGUGCGAAUUUUGCAUCCUCUUUCCCAAUAUUAAAAAAACUACAAAAACAAAAUUGAGGUCACAUGUAGUUUUCUUUAAGCCUUUCUUUUUUUCUCCCUUUUUUUAGUGUUGAUCUAGACCGUCGAAAUGUUAGAUUACGCGUGUAAAGACUAGAAAUGAGGUGUUNAAGAA